AUAUAUAGUUAUCAUCCAAAUUCAGCCGGCUCGCCGUCGCCGUCGCCGUCGUCGUUCUUGUCUCUGAUCAGACCAUUCCAGUGGUAGCUAGCGUGCUUGCUAGCUCGACAAUGGCGGCUGCAGCGACGUGCACCUUGGUGGCGGCGAGCAGGUUUGGAUAUCCGAACAGCAACGGCCGUCAGUGGAAGCCACGGCCGGCAACCGCCACUGUCCGAUUCUGGCGGUGCAGGAGGAGCGCGGCGGCGGCGGUGGCGACGGCGGGCGUCGGCGGCGGGGCGCUGACACGGCGGGAGGCGGAGGGCGAGGAGGCGCGGGAGCUGAGGAGGUGCCUGGCGCCGGAGAGGCUGGAGGUGCUGGACCAGAUGGAGCCGUGGGUGGAGGAGCACGUGCUGCCGCUGCUCAAGCCGGUGGAGGCGGCGUGGCAGCCGGCGGACAUGGUGCCCGACGCGGCGGAGCUGGGCGCGGACGGGUUCCACGCGGCGUGCGUCGAGCUCCGGGAGCGGGCGGCCGGCGUGCCGGACGCGCACCUGGUGUGCCUGGUGGGGAACAUGGUGACGGAGGAGGCGCUGCCGACGUACCAGAGCAUGGCGAACCGGUUUCAGGCGGCGCGCGACGUCACCGGCGUCGACGACACCGCGUGGGCUCGCUGGAUCCGCGGCUGGACCGCCGAGGAGAACCGCCACGGCGACCUGCUCAACCGGUACAUGUACCUCUCCGGCCGCCUCGACAUGCGCCAGGUGGAGCGCACCGUGCACCGCCUCAUCAGCUCCGGCAUGCCCAUGCACGCGCCGGCGAGCCCCUACCACGGCUUCAUCUACGUCGCCUUCCAGGAGCGCGCCACCGCCAUCUCCCACGGCAACACGGCCCGCAACGUCCUCGCCCACGGCGACGCCGUGCUCGCCCGCAUCUGCGGCGCCAUCGCCGCCGACGAGAAGCGGCACGAGGCCGCCUACACCCGCGUCGUCGAGAGGCUCCUCGAGGCCGACCCUGACACAACCGUGCGCGCGCUGGCGUACAUGAUGCGCCGCCGGAUCACCAUGCCGGCCGCGCUCAUGGACGACGGCCGCGACGCCGACCUGUUCGCGCACUACGCCGCCGCCGCGCAGCAGGCCGGCACGUACACCGCGUCCGACUACCGUGGAAUCCUCGAGCACCUGAUACGGCGGUGGCGCGUGGAGGAGCUGGAGGCGGGGCUCUCCGGCGAGGGGCGGCGCGCGAGGGACUACGUGUGCGCGCUGCCGCAGAAGAUCCGGAGGAUGGAGGAGAAGGCCCAGGACAGAGCGGCCCAAAUGAGGAAGAGGCCCAAGACAGUUCCGUUUAGCUGGAUCUUUGAUAGGCCUGUGGAUGUCAUCAUGCCCUAAUUAUUACUUUGGUUUGGUGUCUUUUGUGACAAUUGCAUGAUGGGUGUGGAGCUUCUGGAGUAAUCUGGUCAUCCAUGUUGUGUGUGUGUUUUUUUAUAUUUUUUAUAUAGGACCAAAGUUGUGUUCCUUGUAUUUAUCCACCUCAAACUAAAUAAAAAUCGGAAAGGGCAGCUAAAAUGAUGCAAUAUU